AUGGAUCGCGCUGCUGGAGCCAUGGACGGCCAAGGGCUAUACGACCAUCCACCAGAGGCCAUCCAUGAUGGUGAUAACGAGUCUGAUGCGGGCAUGUCAGAUGUCUCGGAUGCCGACUCGGAAUACCUCAGGGUGCAGGACCAGAUCGACAAGGCAAACGCCGACAGGACUGCCUUUCUAGAGACUUUUGAGGAAGCCCCGUCGUCUGCAGAGGAGCAGUCGCACUCGCCCCAGGCCAUCCGCAAAGCACCAAAGAGGGCCCCUCGGAAGGUCAAGGAGCUGCCGACCGAGAUCAAGCUGCUCAUCAGUGCCGCCACCAAUGCCUUCCUGGAGGAGCGGUACGACGAGGCCCUGCUGGCCGCCAAGGAGACCAUCCGGCUCAACGCCGAGGUGCCCUCUGCCUGGGGGAUCUUGGCCACUGUGUACGAGGAGCGCGGCGACUGGCGCCAUGCUCUCGAGGCGAAGCGUAUCCAGGCCUCGCUGACCCGCACCGACGUCCAGCUUUGGUUGGCCACUGCCGACCUGGCCCUGCGCAUCCCCGACCCUGCUGGCGGCCCCGGCUCCUCACCCGAGAACCUCAGGGUCGCCAUGGAGUGUUAUACAUGCCUACUGCAGGUCGACAGGACUAACCUCGUCGCCCGCCUCGCCAAGGCAGACGUCCUGGCUGACCUGGGCGAUUCUGGAAAGGCCGUCGUCGCGUACCGCGAAUACCUAAAGGCCCGGCCUCACAACCUCCAGGCCGUACGGAACCUGGCCGAGCAUGCCUUCAACGCCCGCCGCGCCAAGGAGGCCACACAAUUUGCCGUCGAGGCAUAUCGCUGCUGCAUCGACCAUUCCCGCGGCGGCAAGCCGCUCGACGACCAGGAGGUCUUUGACUGGAUAGAUAUCAGGAUAUUCAUCGAGCUACUGGCCUCGCUGGGGCAAUAUGCCGAGGCCGCGGGUUGGCUUAUGUCACUGGCGCGCUGGCUGCUCGGGAGGCCCAACGACACUGCCUGGGAUGGAUGUGGCGACGACAGGGAGUGGGAUCUGGAUGAUAAGCGACGACAGGACCUUCCCAGCUUCUACGCCGACGUCUACAGCCCAGCCAGCUACGGCCAGGGCAUGCCCCUGGACCUCAGGGGAAAGCUCGCUGUUUACCGUCUCAAGUUGAAGAUGGAAGACGAGGCCAUGAGACAUCUUUCCUGGCUAGACCCCGAGGAUCUCAACAUCCGGGAAGCCCUAGCAUACACUCCCGCCGUAGCCAAGGAGAUUGCUGACGAGCUUUGCGAGAACAAUAACCCCCAGCUCGCGCUCGCUUACUACGACAUGUAUAGAGAGCUUGCAGAGCCACCACUGGAUGCCGGCUAUUUUGUUAGCCGGGCUAAGUGCCACCUGCAGCUGUCGGAUGGCCCGGCGGCCGAAGACUGCUUCAUCUCGGCGCUCGAGGUCGACGAGGACAACAUCGACGCCCGUUACGAGCUGGCCAAGAUGUACGAGGAGGCCCAUGAGCGCGACGAGGCCUUCCGCCUGGUCGGCGAGGCGCUCUCACUUGAGGCCGGCCACAGCGAGCAGAGUUACGACACGCACCGCUUCAUCCUCGACAGGGGGAAGCUGGUGCAGAAGCCGCGGAAGUACAGGCAUGGCCUGACGCGGUCCACGGGCAGGGGCAAGUACCGGCCGCGCCGGCUGGGCGACAAGUCGACGCGCCGCCGCUUCGAGGAGGAGGUUGCGGCGCGGCUCAGGGAAAAGUUUGAGCUGUGCCGACGCCUCAAGGCCGAGAUGGCGGCGGCGGGUGACGACGGCGACGACGGCGGCUCCGGCAUGAUGGCCGAGUGGAUGGGGGCGGCCAAGGAGCUCGUUGACGACUUCCGGUCGUUCCGCGACUUUUACUCGUGGGAAAAAUACGUCUCGUCGCUGGGCUACGGCAACUUCUUUAAGAUGGAGGGCGAGCCCGCGGCCGCCGACGCCGGCUGCGGGGGAGCCAAGGACGCGUCCAUCACCAACCUGGCCAAACGGCUGCACAGCAAGCUCGCGCCGGCCGAGGCCGAGGCCGAGGAGCAGCCGACGCCGCAGCAGCUGGACCGGCACGAGCACCGCGGCAUCCCCUUCGACGACUGGCUCGACCUCUUCCUCGAGUACGCCGUCGGGCUGGCGCGCCAGGGCCGCACGGGCGACGCCUACGCCGUGUGCCAGUCGGCGCGCGACUCCAUCGUCUACAACAAGGCGCGCGACAGCAUGACGCUCAUCCACCUCGCCUGGGCCUCAUGCGCCGUCCACGCUGGCGAUGAGGAGACGUGCGUCGCCGUCGCCCGCUACUUUAUCAACCAGAACUCCUUCGUGACCGACGCCUACAUGCUCUUCGCCGCCCUCUGCCGCCUCUGCCAGACCUCGUCCACCUGGUACCAGUCCGGCCCGUCGCAGAAGUUCAUGCUGCGCCAGAUCCGCCAGAUGGACGAGAUUGUGGCCGCGCGCGCGCGGGAGGCGACCGCGGUGGGAGCUACAGGCGAACGCGCUUCGCUACCUCUUCCUCCUCCUCCUCCUCCCCCAGCACAAGCGACCGAGCCCAUGAUGGAAAUCGACACCCAACAACCGCACGACCAGGAGCAGCAGCCCCAACCACAGCCGCCCCAGGCACCAACAGCAUCCGUCGCGUCAGGCCCGGCCGCGGUCGACACGUGCCUGCUCGUCAUGUACGGCUGCAUCCUCUUCAGCUCGACGAGCUACCAGUACGCGCUCGCCUACUUUUUGCGCGCCCGCACCCUGGACCCGGACGGCCCGGCCGUCAACCUGGUCGUGGCCCUGGCCUACGUGCACUGGUCGCUCAAGCGCCAGAGCCAGAACCGCCAGUACUCGCUCAUGCAGGGGCUCGCCUACCUGUUCCGCUACCACGACGUCCGCUCCCGCUCCGCGAGCCGCGAGGAGCGCCAGGAGGCCCACUUCAACGUCGCCCGCGCCUACCACCUGCUCGGCAUCCACGACCUCGCCGUCGCCUACUACCGCAAGGUCCUGGCCGAGGCCGAGGCCGAGGGGGAGGGGGAGGGUGCUGUGGUUGGCGGCUGCGGCCGUCGACGCCGCGAGGACCUGGUGCUCGAGGCCGCAUUGAACAUGAGGACGUACUGCCUCACCACUGGUGAUCUAGAGGGUGCGAGGGCCAUCACCGAGCGGUGGCUUGUGCUGGCAUGA